AUGAACAAUUCGCCAAACUCUUGGACUUGGACUUGGAACCGCCAGUACGACGACUACUACACACAAUACUGGAAUGGCGCCCGAUUCGUCACUGUUUGGGGCAAAUAUGUGACGAGCAAUAGGCAGCACCCUUCGUUCCAGCUACUCUAUCAAUCUUUGUAUCCGGUUCUGUGCCAAAGGCAGCAGCAGCAACAGCCACAACCCUCGAAUGAGCAUCACCAAGAGGCAAGACAUGAGAGUGAAGUGAAUGACGAGGACGAAGAAGAAGAUGAGAAUGAUGAAGAUGGAGAACAUGAUGAAGACAAAGGUGGAAACGAACAUGAAUCAGAACAACAGCAGCAGCAGACUAACCAUCGUGACUCUGUGAUUUUUCACUCAAACUGUCCCGUGCGAACUCCGAGCCUCUCAGCUCAAUCGAGAACGGAAACAGAGAGUGUUAUAUCAGCCGACUUCCCGGCACAUACAAUCAGAGGAAACCCGCAACAGGGGCGAUGGUCAGCUCUAGAUUCCAGCUACCAGAUUCAACCCAACGCGCGACAGUUCUUCAAGCAAGGCCGCAUGUUCGCGAUUCUUUUCAGCGAGCCGAUGGGUGAGACCGCACCGCCGAACUUGGCGAGGGACAACGUGACCGUCGUCAUCUACGGCGGGCACGUCUACACAGACAUCCGGCGCUUUGUUGUCGUGAAAGAGAAGCGGGGGUUCUGCUACGCCUGCCCCGUCUCGACUUACAAACGCAGAGGCACCACAAAGCCCGGCGUAGACGCAAACGCCCACGCCAUCGUGUACUGCACGAACUCACGCCCCUACUACCUGCUGGGCGAGAACCGGAUGACCAAGGAGCCCAUCGCCAUCGAGCCCGCUAACAGCUCCGUCACGCUGGAGCCGGAAUCGCGCAUUAAUUUUGGCCUGCACCAUCCCAUCCAGCACAACGUCAAAGUGAAAGACCUCGGUCGUGUCUGCGCGCAAGACAUGGGCAGGUUGAUCGCCUACUGGCAUUUGGAGAACGAUUUCGAGGAGGCUGGGAGCCUGCUGGAAACUUUGAACUUGGGUUAAGCUACGGAAAGGUGUGUCGUCGGACAGGGUCUGGAUGGCAUGCUUACGGUGCACGCAUUAUACGUUUCCGCACUCUUUCCUUACACGCAUUUUCUUUGGUUGGAUAAGACGUUCCGUGGACGAGCUUCUGUCGAACCGUUUUCCUACAGUUGUCACGGCCGAAAUACGUCUUUCCUACAGCCAUGAGUCGUCUACGGAGUUACCAUACGUAAUUUCUUUGUUUCCAAUUCAUGCAACCAUCGCAUAUGCACCAGUGUCAGGCCGAGAAGCGACUGGAUGAUGUAUUAACCUGCACCGCGUUACCAUCCUCAUCAUCAAGAGAGAUUUACCGUCUAGUGAGAUAGGGAAGGAUAUAAGCAUUUC